UGGGAGAGGGAGGAGGUCAGGAAGUAAACAUAGAUGGUCGGCUUCCUGCAUGUCCGGCUGUCUUGGUGUCAGCAGCGGCGGGACCGGGUAGGGAAAUAUUGUGAGAACUUCAAGAGGGAGGUGGGUGAGGGUGAAGAACCCCGAGAAGUGGACCAAAGGCUCCUAAUUGUUACAAAUAUCCUUACGAGACUGAUAAACGCUACGUUGAGGAGGGAACGGGGACCUAGAAGGAAGCCGCCGUCCUAGGCCUCAGUCAUAGCACCUGUGCCCAGUCAGACCAGGACUGUGUCUUCAGUGGUUUUCAAAAAGGCCAGAUAACCAUGUCAGCUGUAGCCAUGGAUGCAGGUAAUGCGGCCACCCUUUCGGGGUCCAAAGAAAUGAGUUUGGAGGAACCAAAGAAGAUGACCAGAGAGGACUGGAGAAAGAAGAAGGAGCUAGAAGAACAGCGAAAAUUGGGUAAUGCCCCUGCAGAAGUUGAUGAAGAAGGAAAAGACAUCAAUCCUCAUAUUCCUCAGUAUAUUUCUUCAGUGCCAUGGUAUAUUGAUCCAUCAAAAAGGCCUACUUUAAAGCACCAGAGACCACAGCCAGAGAAACAAAAGCAGUAUAGCUCAUCUGGAGACUGGUACAAGAGGGGUGUAAAAGAGAAUUCCAUAACUACUAAGUACCGCAAAGGAGCAUGUGAAAACUGUGGAGCCAUGACACACAAAAAGAAAGACUGCUUUGAGAGACCUAGGCGAGUUGGAGCAAAAUUUACAGGUACUAAUAUAGCUCCAGAUGAACACAUCCAACCUCAGCUGAUGUUUGACUAUGAUGGGAAGAGGGAUCGGUGGAACGGCUACAAUCCAGAAGAACACAUGAAAAUUGUAGAAGAGUAUGCGAAAGUUGAUCUGGCAAAACGAACGCUGAAAGCUCAAAAACUCCAAGAAGAAUUAGCCUCAGGAAAAUUAGUGGAACAGGCUAAUUCUCCAAAACACCAGUGGGGAGAAGAGGAACCAAAUUCUCAGACGGAAAAAGAUCAUAACAGUGAAGAUGAGGAUGAAGAUAAAUAUGCAGAUGACAUUGACAUGCCUGGACAGAAUUUUGACUCUAAGAGACGAAUUACUGUCCGGAAUCUCAGGAUUCGAGAAGAUAUUGCAAAAUAUUUGCGGAAUUUAGAUCCAAAUUCUGCUUACUAUGAUCCCAAAACCAGAGCGAUGAGAGAGAAUCCCUAUGCCAAUGCAGGAAAGAAUCCAGAUGAAGUGAGCUACGCGGGGGAUAACUUUGUUAGAUACACAGGUGAUACCAUUUCAAUGGCUCAGACACAAUUGUUUGCUUGGGAAGCCUAUGACAAGGGGUCUGAAGUGCAUCUGCAAGCUGAUCCUACAAAACUAGAGCUGUUGUAUAAGUCCUUCAAAGUCAAGAAAGAAGACUUCAAAGAACAGCAGAAAGAAAGCAUCCUGGAAAAGUACGGUGGCCAAGAACACUUGGAUGCCCCUCCAGCUGAACUGCUUUUAGCUCAGACCGAAGACUACGUGGAGUACUCAAGACAUGGGACAGUCAUCAAAGGACAGGAGCGGGCUGUUGCCUCCUCCAAGUAUGAGGAGGAUGUGAAGAUCCACAAUCAUACUCAUAUCUGGGGCUCUUACUGGAAAGAAGGCCGUUGGGGAUACAAAUGCUGUCACUCUUUUUUCAAGUAUUCCUAUUGUACUGGCGAAGCUGGGAAGGAGACUGCUAAUUCAGAGGAGUGUAUUAUAAAUGAUACAACUGGAGAAAAAUCUGUGAAAAAACCGCAGACCCUCAUGGAGAUGCAUCAGGAAAAACUAAAAGAGGAGAAAAAGAAGAAAAAGAAGAAGAGGAAGCAUCGAAAGAGCAGUUCAGAGAGUGAUGACGAAGAAAAGAAACAUGAAAAAUUGAAAAAGGCACUGAAUGCAGAGGAGGCCCGUCUUCUUCAUGUCAAGGAGAUCAUGCAGAUUGAUGAGAGGAAGCGGCCUUACAGUAGCAUAUAUGAAACUCGGGAACCCACUGAAGAGGAAAUGGAGGCCUACAGAAUGAAGCGUCAGAGGCCAGAUGACCCCAUGGCCUCCUUCCUCGGACAGUAGUAACUGGUCGCAGAUGGUCACCAAAGAUAGACUCUGCUGAUACAUUCUUUUAGAUUCUUGCUGAUGAUUAUCAAUGGAAAAAUCUGUAUCUACUCUCCUUGCUGCCUGACUUUAAAGCAUCCAGAAGACUUAUAGUAAAUUCAUUCCCUUCCAUACUGAAGAAACAGAGAAGAAAAAAAAGCGGUAUAUUAAGUGCAGAUUAAGAUUUUAUUUCCAAUUUUAUAUUAAUGAUGUGGAAAAAGGUCUUGGCUCUCCACCUAUCACAGAUAUCUUAACAUUUAUUUAUUAAGUUUCAAACUUCAUUUCCUCAAUUUUUAUGGCCCUUUAUCUAGUGUUAGCACUCAUUUUGAAGGCAGUUAGUUACUCUUUCUCAAAACAAGGGGUUCUUUUUUUUUUAAUUAGUAGUAACUGUAACUGUAGUUAUUUGAUAAUCAUUUCUUUUUGCCUUCUUGGAUUUUUCUGAUCUGAAGUUAAUAUCCUAUCUUGAGCUCUGGGUUACUGAAAGGACUGUAGAACGUGUGAAAACUUUAUCCCUGAUGUCAGUCUGUGUAGUAAUAAUCCUGUUUUCCACUUGGUUAUAAAAUUUUGAUUUUCAGAACAUUUCCUUGUAUCUUAUACUCAGAACUAAAUGCGUUAGCCUUUGCAUGGAAAAAAAACUAUUUUGUCACCCUUGAGUCAGUGUUAGUACUAGGUCUUUUACCAUUCUAGACAUGAGUGUUUAGACACAGAAAUCCUUUUCUUUAACAUAGAGGAUAUGGUCUGUGAUACUAAUUGCUGUUUUAAUUGUGAUUGCCUUUAUAUAACAAUCAUGAAUAUUAGAUUUUUAAAAGAUUAUAGAAUAACUCUUGUACCUAAUCUUCAUAGCCAGCAGGUGUCUUUUUGUAAAAUCUGCAAAAAGCAAAACCUGAAGUUGAAGGUUUCUUCAAAGAAUUACAAGUAUAGCUUGUAGGGCUAUUAGUAACUGAGAUUGCCGCGAUUUUUAGCCGCCUUCUAAGAACACUGUGAAGAUAGUACUGACAGUGAGAGUGGGAUCAGUGAAAACAGCCUGUUUAAAACCCCUGACACAAGGACAUUGACUUUUAACAGCUCACUGGCUUUUCUAAACUACCAAAACCCACUAGAAUAUUGCAUUAAGUUAGCAUCUCAGAAAUAGUGCUGGUGGGAGAGUAACUGAAUCAGAUUAUCAAGUUCUGUGAAUAUACAUGGUAUCUAGAUUCAGACCAGUAUGAAAUUAAAACAGCAAUGCAAAUACAUCGAAUUCUUACCUUAAGAAGAAUUCUUACUUUAAGAAUGUCAAAAAUUUACAUUUUCAUAUUCCUACCUUAACAUAGACUUGUUCAACAUAGUCUGAUAUUAGUGUCUAUUUUGUAUUUUAUUUAUCUUUUGUUGAUAAAGAUGUAUAACUGAGAAUACUUAACUGUGAG